CUCACCUGCCAAGCAGAGACAGUUUCGCCCAUCUCCCUCCAGGACGGCGUGGGAUCAGGGCCUGCCCGGUCAUCUCACCCUCAUCCAAGCCCUCAGCACGAGGCGUCAAGACCAGCAAACCUUGUGACUCUUGAGCCUGGGGGAGGAGGGGCCGAAGCCGGGAUGUUUAAUCCUCUGGCUCCUCAGGGCCUCGGGGAAGAGCCGAGCCUCUGCGGGUGUUCCCGGGAAGUCGCCAUGUCCCUGGACUGCGUCGAGACCCAUGUCGACUACACCGUGUUCUGCCCCCGCCAGACCUCCUGGGGGGUGGCCCUGCAGGCGCUGGCCGUGAUAGGGAUGGUGGCCACGGUCAUCCUGCUGGUGGCCCUGCUGGUCCUCACGCGGAGAGUUGGUGACUGCGGGCGGCGGAGCGUGCUGCCCACUCAGCUUCUCUUCCUUCUGGGGGUGCUGGGCCUGUUCGGGCUGACCUUCGCCUUCCUCCUCUGCCUUGACCGCUGCACGGGACCCACUCGCUUUUUCCUCUUCGGGGUGCUCUUCGCCCUCUGCUUCUCCUGCCUACUGGCUCACGCCCUCCACCUGGCCCGUCUGGCCCGCGGCUGCUGCCCGCUCUCCUGGCUGCAGCUCCUGGGCAUAGCUGUGGGCUUCAGCCUGGUGCAGACCAUCAUUGCCACCGAGUACGUCACCCUCACCUUGACCAGAGGCGUGGUCCUGGCCGAGAUGGCCCCGGAGGCUCUCAGCCUGGACUUCGUCCUGCUGCUGGUCUACGUCCUCUUUCUCAUGGCCCUCGUCCUCCUGGCAUCCGUGGCCGCCGCCUUCUGUGGGCCCUGCUCGGGCUGGAGGCGCCAGGGUCUCCACAUCUGCGUCACCAUCCUCUUUUCCAUCGCCAUCUGGGCCUCGUGGAUCUCCCUGCUGCUCAGGGCCCCCGGCCGUCCCAGCCCUCAGCCCGCCUGGGACGACCCGGUCAUAGCCAUCGCCCUGGUGGUCAACGCCUGGGUCUUCCUGCUGACCUACGUGGUGCCCGAGAUCUGCCUCCUCUGCUCUUCCUGCCGGGCCCCGGCCGGGGGACGCCCCUGCCCCGGCCCGCCCUUUGGGCUCAAGACCCAGGUCUGCCCGCAGGAGCUCACGCAAGAUCCAUUCUGA